AUGGAGACCCUUCAACCCCGCCCCUUGGUGGUUUUGAAAAAGACAGCCUCGUCGACAAGUCUUGCAUCCAAAGAAGACACUACUGACUCAGCACGCUUCUCCAGGAAGUUCGGGAAGCACAUCCAAAAAAGGCAACUGGAAAUUCCAGAAUAUGCCGCCAGCUUUGUCGACUACAAAGCGCUCAAGAAGCUUAUCAAGAAACUCAGCGCUACUCCAGUGAUACCACCACAGAGCGAGAGCCUUCACCAUGAAUCUCUGGAUCCACAGUCGUCUUUACAAGCCAACAAGGCCACCUUUUUCUUCCGAGUGGAACGUGAGCUCGAAAAGGUCAACACGUUCUACUUGCAGAAAGAGGCAGAGUUGCGUCUGCGCUUGACCACGCUUCUUGACAAGAAGAGAGUCAUGCAACAGCACCCGCAAUCUGUCUCCAAGACAUCUUCGCGAUAUGUUGCCCUUGAAGAGGGACUAAAGCAGUUUAGCAUGGAUCUCAACAAACUUGAGCAAUUUGUGGAAGUGAACGAAACAGCUUUCUCAAAGAUCCUCAAGAAGUGGGAUAAAACAUCCAAGUCAAAGGAAAAGCAACUAUACCUUUCGCGCGCUGUCGAGGUCCAACCAUGCUUCAACCGAGAAGUCAUCAGCAUAUUGUCCGACCAAGCGACCCAAGCAAUCCUUGAUUUUUCAGGAUGGGCUGAAGGCGAAGGGGUACAAGCACCCCAUCCUACAGCCGAACCGCGCGUCUCCGAACCUGCAUUCGAAGCGAAGCUCGAGCUCGACAACCAAUUUGUGCAAGCUAUCAACACCGCGAACCAAGGCAAGAUAGAAGAGUGUCUCGCCCGCCUGUCAACCCUUCCCGAUGCACGCGACCACAUUUCUAGGGCGUUUCUCAGCACCGUUGCAGAAGCACCAGAGUCUGCACUGAGGAUACUACUCGAUUCGAAUCUCGUGAACCUUCAACAAGAGGACGAAAUAAACGAGCGAAAUUGUCUUCAUAAAUCAGCUAUCAGUGGGAGGAUCGAAGUGCUCAAGCUUGGCCUAUCUAGCAACGUGGAUGUACAUGCAACCGAUGUAUACGGCAGGAUACCACUACAUUACGCCUGUAUGCAUGGACAUGUGGAGCUGGUUCAGGAACUCAUCAACGCUGCCCCAGAAACGGUGAACUUCCGUGAUCAGGACAGUUUUACACCCUUGAUACAUGCCAUUGUACAUUCGAAGCUCGCUUGUGUGGAGAUACUCCUCUCAAGAGGCGCCGAUCUCACGCGUUUGGGGCCUGGAGAGCAUGUGCCGCUCAAUCUUGCAUGUCAGUAUGCAUCGUUAGAAAUCUUGGAGCUUCUUCUACAACGGUCAGCUGAGAUGCUUUCCGAUGCCGAAGGGCUGUUUCCACAACACCUGGUGGCACGAUCGGGGAAGACACCCGAAGCACUGUUGAUACUCCAAAAGUACGGUGCGGACCUCGACCAACCAGACAAGCUUUAUCAAUGGACGCCGCUCUUUCACGCUGCGAGCGAGGGUCAUGUGGAGUGUCUUAAGACGCUACUUCAAUGCCAGGUCGACGUAGACAUUGUGGAUGAGAAAGGUCUUUCGGCCAUGUACUACGCGACCUGGGAGGGGCAUCUGGAGUGCAUGAAACUACUUGCUUCUGUUGGACGCGGAGUUGGGCUGACGACACAGAAACAAGUUUCUCCUCAAAUAUCCUCUCAACUGUCUAGCUCGAUGCCUACAGCCAUGGACAUAGAAGGCGACCCUGACGGCAUACCCGAGUUCAUCCUGCCACCACCGAUCAUACCCUUCCGAAGAUAUGGACACAACUUUCUCGACACAAAGACGUUUGUAGUCAUCAGCUUCGAGAAGGUGGGCAAAGAGGCGAUUCGCUUCUACGACGAAUCGAAAUACCCCGCUGCACGGCUCACAAUUUCUUCAAAAAGUUCUGAUCUCAUACCACGCAACAUUCUGCUACCCAUACAAGACGAAUUUAAGGUUAUCUCUUUCCAGAUCGAGAACCUUGACACCUUCUCCAUCGACUUUGACGUAUACCCCACAAUAGGAUCCAAGGUUAUUGCUCGCAGUGUAGCCUCUUCAAAGGUGUUUACAGAGCGCUCGAAGAGUACUGGAAGAUGGCAUCUCGAGUUGUUCGACCCAAGACUGCGAGCAAUUGGCAGAGUUACUUUCGACUUCCAAGUAGUAAAGCCUUUCCAUGGCAUUCCGCUCGAGAUUACCCACUUUGCGACCUACUGGAAGGCUACUAGUCAGCUUGACUCACAGCCUCAUACGCUUAUCACUGGCUCGAGCCUAUCUGGUGAAUACGUACGCCUGUUCGUCCAACUGACUGCCGAUGAAGUGCCAGUCAACAUACUUACGUAUGCGCAAUUCGCAGCGAUUGGCGUUCAGGAAACAACAGCGGCCGCAAACCAGCUUGCUGCGGAACUAAGCAACACUGGUCCGGUAAACAUACCGAAUAUCUACCAGAUUAUGGCUUCCUCGUUCAUUACUUUGAAGGACGCCCUGUCAGCACUGCCGGCUCAUAUCCAUGUUGAGCUGCACGUUCUCUUCCCGUCCCGACUCGAAGAGGAACGUCUCAAGCUUGGACCCACACACGACAUGAAUGCAUUCGCAGAUAAGAUCCUCUCGGUAGUUUUCGAGCAUGCACGUCAAUUGAGGGAACAAGGUGCGGGCGAGAUAGACGGUACUCUGAGGAGUGUGCUGUUCAGCUCUUUCAGCCAGGACAUAUGCACCGUCAUCAAUUGGAAACAACCAAACUACCCAGUCCUCCUCUGUAACGAGCUCGGCGCGGAUAGUCCUCAGUCGCCCUCCGGAAAUACACACAUCAUCCAAAGUAGCGGUCGUACAACGACGUCCGUCAAGGAAGCUGUACAGAUUGCCAGGGAUAACAACUUCAUGGGCCUGAUAUGCAGCUCUCGAUUGCUGUCACUCGCUCCUGCCCUCAUCGAAUCAAUCAAGACGGCCGGCCUUGUUCUCGUCACGGAUAUCACCGACUUCCCAGUCGAUGAUCCUGUCCAACUCACGAACCUUCACGUUGCGAAUCCCCGCCGACAGAACACACCAGACGGAGUCGAUGGAUACCUGAAGGGCAAUGGCGUACUUUGUUUCAACGAGACUGUCGAUAUGUAG